AUGCUCUCGGAUGGUGUGGAACCAAACAAGUACACUUUAACAAGUGUCUUGAGCACUUGUUGUAUAAUGUUGACAUUAGGUUUAGGAGCACAGAUUCAUUCACUAAGCGUGGAACCUUCAUUGAAGGUGUUUGGAAGGGGUGGGGAGGAGAUGAAUUUCUUGCAACAGCAAGGGAUUAAGGUGAAAAUUGUUCCUGGUACGCCCCUUCAGUUUGUUAGUUGGGUGAGGGCUUGUGUUACUUCGCCUAAGUUCUUUAUGAUGAUUAAUGGUUCCCUUGAAGGGUUUUUUCCUGGUAGGAAGGGGUUGAGGUUCCAUGAUCGGUGUGAGCACUUGGGCCUAACUCAUUUGGUUUUUGCAGACGAUUUGAUGAUUUUCUGUGCAGUUGAAAGAGAUUCUUUGGAGUUUGUGAGGCAGGUAUUGACAGAGUUUGCAGAGCUAUCUGGGUUAGUUGCAAAUGUUGGGAAGAGUUCUAUGUUUGUCGCGGGUGUGGAGUCUAGGGAGGCGGAGGAACUAACUGUGUAUAUGGGAGUCUCUCUUGGUCGAUUGAGGGCUAUGGAUUGUGCACCUUUGAUACAGAGGAUUACAGCUUGUAUUAGAAGCUGGGCAGGGAGGUCUCUCUCCUUUGCUGGGAGAUUGCAGCUUGUUAGUUAUUUAUGGAAAGGUAGUGUGGUGAGUCAGAGUGGUGCACGAGUGGCGUGGGAUGAGGUGUGUGUGUCGUUGGAAGAGGGGGGGUUGGGUGUGAAGCAUGUGGCCUCUUGGAACCAGGCUGCUAUUAUGAAGCUGCUCUGGCAUCUCUUAAUGAAAUCAGGGUCACUUUGGGUGGCGUGGGUGGAGGCGAAUGUUUUGCGUGGGCGGUCGUUGUGGGCUGUUAGGAGUAAGUCUUGUUUUGUUUGGUGGGAUCCUUGGCUUCCGGGGGGUGCGCUUUUAGAUUCAUACGGGUCUACGAUGAUUCAUGAUGCAAGGAGUAGUUUGGAAGCGCGGUUGUCGGAGUUCUUGAAUGGUGAGGGAGGUUGGAGGUGGCCUACAGUGUCUUGGGACCUGCUUGAGAUCUGGGGUUUUAUCCAGGCAGUGGGGCCUAGGAUGAGGGGAGAGGAUUAUUGGGUUUGGGUGCCAGAUGCUAGUGGUCGGCUCUCUAUCGCUAGUGCUUGGGAGAGUAUACGUCCUCGUCGUCAUAGGGUGUCUUGGGUUGGUAUUUUAUGGGCAGGGAGUGGUAUUCCGCUCACUCCUUCUGUGCGUGGUUAG